AUGGCGAAUAUUGACUCAUCUACUGCCAUUGACACGGUCCAGACGGCAUCGGAUGAUGAUUAUUCUGAGCAACAGGUACCGCCAACAUCGCAAUUGCAGUGGGCACCUCAAUACAUAACGCAGAGAGCGGAUGUUGAAACACGCUCAAAUCAAGCACAAGAAAUUCCGACAUCUGAGGAGAUGUCGAGCGACUUUUGUGAUCCGAGUCGUACUCAGGAAUUGUCGACUGUGGUGAAAUCUCCUGGUAGAAUUGUUUUUUUUGGAACCAGCGGAUUUGCACUUUGCAAUGGACACUCGCUAGAAUUUGUCGUCGUUGGCAAAGCGUUCCUUUGA